ACAAGUUUAUUGUUCGCCCACAGCACACAGCAGUUUAGUCUAGAAAUUCUAAGGAAAAAAAAUAAAAAUUGUACAGAAAAAUUAAAAAAAUUAAUGUAUAUUGAAAAUAUAUUUGAUAACUUGUGUAAAGUAAAAUUUUAAUUGUAUUUUCAAAUUUAAAGUGUUAAGAUUUCUAAAAAAUCACAUUGAGAUUUUUGAGGGUUGGCUUUUUAUAACAAAGCAGAAAUAAAAAUCAUCUAAUCAUCUUAAAUAUCUAAAGAGAAGAAAGAAAACAGUGACGACUUUUGUAAAAUUUUAAGGAAAAUCUUUUAUUAAUUUAAUUUCGUUUACUUGAGUAACACGUAAUUAUUUUGGAAAAUAAAUAAAUUGUAGUGAAUCGCAUUUUCUAAAAAGCUGCAAUUAAUUUUUAUACAAUUUUUGGCCUACGUAUCUCAAGAUAUAAAAGAACAAAGAAAAUUUACCUAUUAAGCAUUUUUAUUUAAGAAAAGUCGUGCUAUUUACGUUGUAAGAAAGAUUAAGAAGAAAAAUUUCGGAAAAUAAACGGUCAUCGAAAAUUUUAUUUGUUUUUCUUUGCAAGAGAAAAACCAAAGUUUAAAGUACACUAAAGAGGUUACUAUAAAUUUAAUAAAUGUCAUCAACCUAGUACUGAAGAAUAUUUAGUCAAAGUUGAAAUUUCUUUAAAUAUAAUAAUAAGUAAGGAGUUUUUUUAAUAAAUUUGUCCAUAAAUUUGACAAUAAUAAUAAUAAGAAUAAAUUAAUACAAUGAGUGAGCUGACACCAGAAGAGAUUCGUGCCAGAAGGUUGCGAUCCUUGGGAAUUAUUGAGAGUAACACUUCGUCUAACUUAGCUCGUAGCAGUUCUUCAACAGAUAAUACAAGUACUAUUAAUGAUCCCGAAGAUGCAUCUAUUUCCCGUUCUUUGCCAACAAAUGUUGCAAAUGAAUCUCGCUUAGUUAAAAAUUUAUUGGCAGCAGCAACUGCAUUAUCAUCACCUCCAUCUUCAUCACUAACGAUAACUUCAACUCCAACGAAACGCCCAUCUCAAUCACUUUCAACGACGUCCUCUGGUACAUCCCUAAAUGAAAAAAUGGAUACAGAUGAGUCGUCUAUAUCUACUUCACAAAAUAAUUUAUCGAUUAAAAUAACCAACAAAUUAGAUAAUAAGGAACAAUCAAUAGAUCGCGAUUCUGGAAUUGAAAACAUGGAGACAAAUGAAAUAUCAACACCACCAAUUGAUUUACAGCCAGAAAUACCUUUACAAGAACGUAUUGAAAUUGUUUUAUCAUCUGUUUUAAAUUGUAAUUGGAAUGAACAAUGUGUUGGAGAAAUAAAGUGUGAGGAAACAUCUCAAAUUACAAGGCAAAAUAUAUUCCGUUACAAUUUUGAUAACAUUGUAUCAAGUGCGCUCUAUGAGGUAUUGAAUAUGUACAUGAAUGGAGAUUUAACUGAAAGUGUAGACGAAGAUAAUUUGGGUUUCCCAGCAAUUAAGAAGAAAAUCAAAAAGUGGGACGAACCGACGGAAUCAGUAGGUUCUUCCAAUAUACCAGAAGAUUCUGGAGCAUUGCCCGCUUCAAAAAGGGAUGAACCCACUACCUCUGCACCGAAUAAUAGCAUAUCAAAUACAUCUGGGAAUAUUGAUGAUAGCUGCGGAUCUAAACCUUUGCUUGGUCCUUUAAAUUAUGCAAAGAAGUCCGCUCUCAUAUAUCUGCUUAAAUGUCAUAAAAGAGCGGGUAUGGAAUUAUGUAAAUAUGCAGCUGAAAAAGAGAGUGAAGAAAUUCGAAAAAUUCAUGCCACAAUAGAAGCAACUAGAAAACAAAUAAUUGCUUUUACAGUAUCAUUAUUAUGUGAUAAAUUAGUAAAAAACUUAAAAAGUGAAAUUGAUCAGUCACCUUUACUAGAACUAAUGUAUCAAAAUCUUGUUCCAAUACAAUUUCUCGAAGAACUAAUUGCAGAUUCAUAUAAAAAUAAAUCAAAUUUUGAAUAUAUUUUCGGUUCAGUUCUGCGUGGUUUAUUUGUUCGCAUGCAAAGUAAUAUCGUUGUUACAAACCUUCAGUUAGAUCAAAUUCAAUUAUUAUCUCAGCUAGUAACCUAUAAAGUAGAAAAUACAAGGCCAAUAUGUGAUUUAAUAUCAAAACAAUAUAAUUUUUAUCCAAAAUUGUGCACCACGUUACCAGGGCGUGAAAUAGUUAAAUGUAGUUAUUUAGGUCCAUUUUUAUCGGUUUCAGUGUUUGCUGAAGAAAACACGAAAUUUGCUGAAGCUAAUGGGAGAAACGCUAUAUUGGCGCCAAUGAUGGGACGAUUAAGACAUCAAUUGUUUACAACACGUAUGUUUAUGCAUUCAGUAUUCCAUUCGUUUUUGGUCAAUAUUGAAAGCAGAAAUAGUAUGUUGAUGUAUAUUUCAUUAAUUUUAAAAAGCAACGCAAGGCGAAUCCAAUUUCAUGUCGAUGAAAAAUCCUUAGCACGAGAUGGAUUUAUGCUUAAUUUAAUGGGAGUAUUACAGCAAUUGUCAGUGAAAAUUAAAUUGCCGAGGGUAGAUCCAUUGUAUCCUUUCCACUGGGAAUCUAUGGUUGAUAUAGAGAAAGAUACCAAAUUAAGAUUUGAUGACAGUCAAUAUAACGAAUUUGUUAAAAAAGUUGAAACUGCACCUCCAAAUUUUCAAACACAGUGUUGGUUUUUAACACUACAAGCUCAUCACUUAGGAAUAAUGCCAGCUAUACAGCGUUAUCGUCAAAAAAUUAGAGCUAUAAAAGAAUUGCAACGAUUAAUAGACGAAAUCGAUCGCACAAAAUCCCAGUGGGAGCAUAAGCCGCUUGCUCAUAGAAAUCGCCAGUUUAGAGAAAGAUGGAUGAAACAAUUAAAAAAAUUAACUAGAUCUAAAAUGUGCAGUGAAAUAUGCUUACUUGAUCCCAGACUUCUUGUAUCGUGUAUGAGCUUCUUUUCAACCGUUUGUGAAUUUCUUUUGUAUCAGAUGGAAGGUCGUGCAAUCGAAGGCCCUUUUAUUACACAAACUAAUCCAACAUUAUUAAAGCCGACUGAUGUAUUUUCAGCACUGCCAGAAUGGUAUGUCGAUGACAUUGCUGAAUUCAUAUUAUUUGCAAUGCAACAUUGUUCAGACGCAUCAAUUAAAGCAUCAAUAGAUCAUUCAAUUGUUACGUGGCUAUUGACAUGUGUUUGUGCACCACAUUGUAUUAAGAAUCCAUAUGUCACUGCCAAAUUAGUGGAAGUACUAUUUGUGUUUUCAGUUAAUCUUCCACAGAUAAGCUCAUUAAUUUUAAAUCACGAAUUGGCCCAAACAGUUUUAUUAAGCUCUCUUAUGAAAUUUUACGUUGAUAUUGAAACAACUGGACAAAGUACUGAAUUUUAUGAUAAAUUUACUAUAAGGUAUCAUAUAAGUCAUUUAUUUAAAGGGAUGUGGGAAAAUCCUAUUCAUCGUCAAGUCAUGAUAACAGAGUCUGCUAGCGGGAAACAAUUUGUAAAAUUUAUCAACAUGUUAAUGAAUGAUACAACAUUUUUGCUUGAUGAAUGUUUAGAGUAUUUGAAACGGAUUCAUCAGGUGCAGGUACUAAUGAUGGAUACUAAAGAAUGGUCGAAAUUAACAUCAGAGCAACAACAAAAUCGAAUGUCCCAAUUGAGUCAAGAUGAAAGACAAUGUCGUUCAUAUUUAACGUUAGCAAGAGAGACUGUAGAAAUGUUCCAUUAUUUAACUAAUGAUAUUAAGGAACCCUUUAUGCGUUCUGAGUUAGUCGAUCGUUUAAGUUCUAUGCUCAAUUUUAAUUUGCAACAAUUAUGUGGUCCAAAAUGUAACGAUCUAAAAGUACGUAAUCCAGCUAAAUAUGGAUGGGAUCCGAGACGAUUAUUGGGUCAAAUAUUUGAUAUAUAUUUACAUCUUGACUGUGAUAGAUUCGCUCAGGCAUUAGCAGCCGAUGAGCGUUCUUUUGAAAAACAUUUGUUUGAUGAUGCAGCAAAUCGAAUUGAACGUUUAGGUAUUCGUUCUACAGUUGAAGUUGAGAAAUUUCGAGCUUUAUUAGCUAAAGCACAUGAUAUUUAUGUCGCUAAUCAGCAAGCUGAAGACGAAUGUGCAGAUGCUCCUGACGAGUUUAAAGAUCCAUUAAUGGAUACGUUGAUGUUAGAUCCGGUGUGUUUACCGUCUGGUGCAAUAAUGGAUAGAUCAAUUAUAGUACGACAUUUAUUAAAUAGUAGCACAGAUCCUUUCAACCGUCAACCUUUAACGGAAGAUAUGUUAGUUCCGCAUGCCGAAUUAAAAGAGCGUAUAAUGCAAUGGCGUAAAGAGAAACGUGAAAAAAGACAAAGUGAAAAACAACUAAAUUUGUGCGAUUUAAGUGAUAAAACUAGUUAAAAAAAAUUUUAUAUAUCGUUUUCUUUACAAUUGCAUAUAUUUUUAUAUUUUUUGUUUGCAAAAUUUUAUAGUAUUGUUUGAAAUAUUCGAGAAAAAAGAUAUAGUAUAGGUAUUUAUUAAAAAAUAAACCAUAAACUGAAGUACGUACUAAAAAAAGCGAAAGUAUUUGUAUGUUAAGUGCUAAGUUUUUGAGAUUCAACACCUAAGAAAUAGUAAUUUAUACACAUCAAGUAAUUAUUGUUUAACAGGUUUUCCGAAAUUAAUGUAAGAUUUAUAUUGAAUGAUUGAGUAUAAAAUAAAUUUUAUUUCCGAGAAAUUAAAAUCUGGUAAAUUUCCUUAUAAGUGAGAUAAAAAAUCAUUGGCAUCAUAAAAAU